AUGACAGUCCACGUGGUAAUACGCUUUAAUGAACCGGUCAAUAAGACUUUCACCUUUACCGAACCGGACAGUCUAGAACUUGGCCGUUCGAGUUUUCCACCGGAUCCAUCUAUAAGCAAGAAACAAGUUCUAUUCGAGAUCAAAGAUGGACGAGUUUACGCCACAGAUAAAUAUCCGUUCACGGUGACGAUCACGCGGACCGAAGUUGAAACACCUACGACCCAUGAGUUUCGAAGCCCGACGCGUGUCGAGAAAGUGCCUCAUCUAUCAGCCGAGCAGGUGAUAUCCAAAUUUAAAAAGGAAAAGGAGAUCACGCCGCUUCCGUCGUCUCAUCAGGGAUCAGUGGACACGCCAUCACAACUGCUAGGGGAAUUGUUGUAUUCGCAAGACACAAUUCGCGAUGAUGAUACGAUUCGCGGUGAAGAGGAUAUUUAUAAUAGGACAUAUGAAAACGAUGAAGAAUCGAGUGGCGCUCAUACUAGCGAUGAGGGUGUUGAAGGGGACAGCGACGAAUUGAAAAGUGUUGAAUCCGAGGAAAAUUUUUUCACCGACGAAUCCUCAUAUUUGGGGAGUUUUCGCGAGUCUUCGGAUGAUGAGUCGGAGGAGGAAGAAGAGGUGGAAAUAGAGGGGAAAAGAAAAACCGCCGAAUGCAUUCAUCCGGAUAACAGGCAAAGACUUUUUUCGAGCUCGGAAGUUCCGCUCGACGUAAAACCGACAUGCGUUAAUGUCGUAUCGAACGAAAAGGGUGAGGAGACGGUGGAGAUUACGUGGAAUGAAUCGUUAUCAAAGCUACCGACGCCGCAAACAAUACUGUCGUCGUCACCAAAUUUGCUUCCUAACGGAGAGGUUCAUCGAAGCGCGUAUCCAAUUUCAUUUCUAAAGUCCUACGGUUCAAAAUUCUCCGCAGACCGGAUUCGAUUUAAUGACAUGAAGCCAACCACCUGGAAUCGUAAUUCUAUCCUGGAAUCAAAUCUCUGGAUCGAUCACAGUGAUUACAUGAACUGUGAUAAGGAAUUAUUGAAAUCUCUCAGACAAUUGUGGGAUUACGGUUUGGUAUUCUUAAAAGGAGUGCCAGUUGACUUGAAUGCUGACGACGGUAAUGAAAGUAUCAAAAAUGUCGUGAAGAGAAUCGGCACAAUAAGAUCCUCCUUUUACGGUGAUGUCUUUGACGUAAUAUCAGCCCGUGAUGCAAAAAACAUUGCCUACACGAAUCUACAGUUGGGAUUGCACAUGGAUCUGUUGUAUUAUGAGGCUCCGCCUGGAUUACAAUUCUUGCACUGCCUGAAAAAUUCCGAGGUUGGUGGCACGAACAUAUUCACGGAUUCUCUGAUGGCGGCGGACAACUUCAAGUUGACAUUUCCCGAAGAUUUCGAUCUUUUGACAAAAACCGCUUUAACCUUCAACUUUAUUAAUAAUGGUCAUCACAUGCAUUACAAUCGUCCCGCAAUUGCCAUAGAUGAGCACAAUGGCACGAUGACUGUUAAUUACAGUCCUCCGUUCAGCGGUCCAAUCGAAUCUCUCUUGCCCUCCACGCCACCAACAGUCUCACAAAUGGAAAGCGAUGAACCCGAUGACGAUGAUGAAAAGACACUUAAAUUCUACCAAGCGUAUCGUAGAUUUUGUGCCUUCAUUGAAGACCCCGAGUUGAAAUACGAACUGAAAUUGAAACCCGGCACUCUACCAAUGGGGUCAUCUCAAACCGGACCAAAUGAUCACCGUACGAUCCUUGUCAGCACUGAACACCUGACGCCCCUCAGGACUCCACGAAACCCCGCAGAUGGGUGCACUUAA